UACUUUUUUACAUUCAAAUGAUUAUGAAGUUACCUGCGUUAUUGUGUGUUCCUCGUCAUCUACUCUACAGAAAUAACUAUACCACUUUCUCCAAAAUGCUGAGAGUUUCACAAGAAAAAAUAUACAAAGUGCUCGAGCCAAAAGCAAUUGACAUCGCUCGCCAAAGUCUCUUGGAUGGGGAGGUCAUUGCCUUGCCCACAGAUACUGUGUAUGGAUUUGCAUGCGAUGCAAAUAAUGAGGAUGCCAUAAAAAAAUUGUAUGAUAUAAAAGGUCGUGAGAGCUAUAAGCCGGUGGCAAUAUGUGUAAAAAAUUUAGAGUCGUUUCGACGAUACGGUGUGUCGGAACAUUUAAACGAUACGCUUUUAAACCGUCUCCUUCCCGGCCCGGUUACCAUAGUUAUCGAACGUUCAAUACAUCUAAGUAAUCGAUUUUUAAAUCCAGGUACUACAAAAAUAGGCAUACGUAUUCCAAUGUUUUCUUUUAUAAAAAAUUUAUGUUCUGUUUUGGAUGACAAGCCGCUUGCCUUAACUAGUGCAAAUCGAUCUGCCGAGCGAAGUAGUCUAAAUAUAAAUGAAUUUGAGCCCUUAUGGCCUAAACUCGGCGGUAUUUUCGAUGCGGGACAGAUAGGUUUAAGUGAAGACCGACGUUCUGGAUCUACCGUGAUUGAUUUAUCACAACCAGGAGUUUAUAAAAUAGUAAGAGAAGGUGUAGCUCUUAAGGUAACUUUAGAUCUAUUGAAAGAGUUUAAUAUAAGACUAAUUGAUGAUAAUUUUUAAAUUGGUUACAAAUAAAAGGAGAAAAAUUAUA